AUGUCUCUGAACGUGGAACCAGCCGUAGGCAAUUUUCCAGCCACUGGAGGUAAUGCAACGCAUAACAUUAUUUCACUUGUCGAUGCGAGGCUCGCUUUCAAGGUGAAGUCAUCGAACAAUGAUCACUACCGCGUUCGACCAGUAUAUGGAUUUGUUGAUGGAAAGGCUACAACGAAGCUUGAAAUUGUUCGUCUCAGUGGACCUCCUAAGGAAGAUAAGUUAGUUAUCCAAUGGGCAGAGGUACCGCCUGAAGAAACCGAUCCACAAGCACCAUUCAAAGCAGGAGCUCAAGCAGGAGAAGUCAUCUUACCGCUCAAGGCGGAAUAG